GGGCAACACCUAGGCAAAGAAAAAAACAUAGGUCUUAUUUAUCACACACCACUCACACACACUCGCACACAGAGAUAGAGAGAGAGAGAGAGAGAGAGAAUUCACACAGCAAGAGCAGAAAGCAGAAGCAGAGCGAGAGAGAGAGAGAGAGAGAGAGACCCAUUUUCGACAAGGCCACAAAGAGCAAAUUAAGAGAUGGCAGAAGCUGAGGAUAUCCAGCCCCUUGUUUGUGACAAUGGAACUGGAAUGGUCAAGGCUGGAUUUGCUGGAGAUGAUGCUCCAAGAGCUGUGUUCCCCAGCAUAGUGGGACGCCCUCGUCACACUGGUGUGAUGGUUGGCAUGGGCCAAAAAGACGCCUAUGUUGGUGAUGAGGCUCAGUCCAAGAGAGGUAUUUUGACACUCAAAUAUCCAAUUGAGCAUGGAAUUGUCAACAACUGGGAUGACAUGGAGAAAAUCUGGCAUCACACAUUCUACAACGAGCUUCGUGUAGCUCCAGAAGAGCACCCCAUUCUCUUGACAGAAGCUCCUCUUAAUCCCAAGGCUAAUCGUGAAAAAAUGACUCAAAUCAUGUUUGAGACCUUCAAUGCCCCUGCCAUGUAUGUUGCAAUUCAGGCUGUUCUCUCCCUUUAUGCCAGUGGUCGGACUACUGGUAUUGUUCUCGACUCUGGAGAUGGUGUCAGCCACACAGUACCCAUCUACGAAGGUUACGCGCUCCCCCAUGCAAUCCUGCGUCUGGAUCUGGCAGGGCGUGACCUCACAGACCACCUCAUGAAGAUAUUGACCGAGAGAGGUUACUCAUUCACCACAACUGCAGAGCGAGAAAUCGUGAGAGACAUAAAAGAGAAGUUGGCUUAUAUCGCUCUCGAUUACGAGCAAGAGGUGGAGACAGCAAAGACCAGCUCAGCUGUGGAGAAGAACUAUGAGCUGCCCGACGGGCAGGUGAUCACCAUUGGGGCAGAGAGAUUCCGUUGCCCGGAGGUUCUCUUCCAGCCAUCCAUGGUCGGAAUGGAAGCUGCUGGAAUUCACGAAACUACUUACAAUUCCAUCAUGAAGUGUGACGUUGAUAUUAGGAAGGAUCUUUACGGAAACAUUGUUCUCAGUGGUGGGUCCACCAUGUUCCCAGGUAUUGCUGACAGGAUGAGCAAGGAAAUUACGGCUCUUGCUCCUAGCAGCAUGAAGAUCAAGGUGGUGGCUCCUCCCGAGAGGAAGUACAGUGUCUGGAUCGGAGGUUCCAUUUUGGCUUCUCUCAGCACAUUCCAGCAGAUGUGGAUAGCCAAGGCAGAGUAUGAUGAGUCUGGUCCGUCGAUUGUUCACAGAAAAUGCUUCUAAGCAACACACUCGAAGAGAUUGAUGCAAAAAUCAUAUGAUUGAUGUACCGUCUGCUUCUCGUCAUUUGCCUUUUUUAUUUUAUUUUUUCGUCUACUUUCGUAUGGGUGUUUUAAUAUUUAAGAUUUGAUGAAUAUUUGACAUGGAAACGGUAUUCAUUUUUGCCGUUUAUGUUAAUUUGUAGAAGAGUUGUGUAUUUUUAAAAGGUAUUAUGAUUUGAGUUUUGGAUGAAACAUGCACGUGACUUGUAUGUUGCACAACACUAUUAUGCUUCUUGGAUUCA